UCACAGGUGCUGUCAAAAUGGCGGAUACGUUUUACGCGAACCAUGUGUAUUGAAUCCACCUGGUUGCUAUAUUUUCCAGUGUUUUAGGGUGACUUUUCGUCCGAUCAUGGCUCAUUCGAAUCAUAUAGAUGACAUAUUUGACGAAGAUGCCGAUGAUAUUCUUUUAAGCGAGAAAGAGUGGCAGAAUUUGCGCAGAAACAGAGUGAAAGAUGGAUAUCGUGAGGGGUUAGAAGAAGGCAAAGAAUCUCAGCUACAGAGUGGUUUUAACCAAGGGUAUGAGGAUGCUGUGGACGUGGUUUUCCAAGUAGCAAAGUUAAGAGGAUCUUUGUGUGCACUGAUUUCAUACACCAUGCUACAGGGAGGGGAGGAACCCCCACACAGUCAGGAUGCAGAGAGGAUGUCUGCUGCUAAGUGUUUACUUGAGGAAGUCACAGAACUAGAGAGAGAAGUCAAAGAAAAUCUUAGAACACUUACUUCAGCUGGUUGUAGACAGUCUGGUGGGCAUGAGGGAGAUAUUAUAACAGAGACACACCCCAAAGAAACUGAGUUAGUUAUUGCUGAAGAAAUGAGAACUGUGGGUGACAAUACUGAUUUUGAGAUAAAACACAAAGUUACUUCUGAAACCACUGGAAGCUCUCGAAAAGAGCCACUUCAGACGGAUAUUGUGAAUAAUCUCGAGGAAGAAAAUGAAAUUAACAUACACUGUCAAUCUUGUGAUUGUGACACCAGACAAAAUUCCGGCUGCUGCAGGGACCAAAAAAGGAGUAGCAGCAGCACCUGUGAUUGUAGACAUAAAAAAGACAAAUUAAAACCAGCAAUAGUGUCUGCAGUCUUAGACAGCAGCAGUUUAUCCACCUCAGUAGACCGUGAAGGUAUCCAAGUGCCUGGUUUACAUUAUUUACAUGCUGAGGUGCUCAGACUUGAGGAAGCUUUUGUGAACUUAAUGGGAAAAUGAUGGCCAUGAAUAUUUAGCAAUUUAUAUUGUGUUUAACUGUAUCUCUUUGGCCUUUAUUAGGAACUUGUGCAAAAGAGAGUUUGUGUAUCUAGUCUAAGGAAUUGAAAGUAUACACAAUUAUGGAGAAAACUGGAAACUAACUGAAAGAUAUUAGGAAAAAGAUAAGAAAUGAAAAAAAAAAAUGAAUUUAGUUAAGAGGGUGUAGUACAUUGAGGUAUAAAGAAAUAAUAAUAUAUACAGGCAUUGAAAAUCUUGUGCUUUGUUAACUGGAAGUAGAUAAACUGUUAAUAUAUUGUCAAUACAUGAAAGUCAGUUUUAUUAUUCAGCUUGUUUAUGACUAAUAAAUUUAAUGAUGUUUACUGUCACAAAUUGUUUAUUAUUACUUCAAAGGUUUUCCGUGAUAUGGCCGUUUGUUACAUCCAUUAAUUAUAUGUAGAAAAUUUGCCAAGAUUUAGAUAGUAAUUGAUUCAGAAAUCAUUGCAUUAUUCAAUAUUAAGUUACGUUAACAUCAAGACAAAUUGAGAAAUGCUGAAAUAUAUGGUUACACCAUUGUGACAGUAAAAAAAGCAAAAAAGUAGACUUACCAUGAAAGAAGUGAUAUUGUAGCUAGGUGAAUCAAGAUAUAGACAUAUAAUUAAAUCAUUGAUAAGACCCUCCUUUCAGCAUGUGAUACUGAGAUGAAAGGAUGCCUUGUGGAUGAAAGCACACGCAAUGCCAUUGUGUUUUAUGCCAGGACACGCUACUAUACUUAAUGGUUGGCAGCACACAACACUUGAGUAUAAUUUGCUAGUUGUCUUUGUUAAUCUCUUUGUUCAACUAAUGAUAUAUUUAGGUAACUAGGUCAAACAAAAUA